CCUAUAUAUAUAUUUUAAAAUGUUUCGGUCUUUAAAAAAUUUUUGUAAUAACCAGCAACUUUUAGUAUUAUCCUCCAGAAAUUUAUCUAGUACAGAGAUAUCAACAGCAUUAAGACCUUUUUAUUUUUCUGUUCAUCCAGAUUUAUUCGGACAGCACCCUUAUGAAAGAACCACAAAUGAAAAUUCCUUAAAAACAUUAAGUUCUGUUCUACAAACUAUUAAAUUAGGUAAAAACAUAAGGCCUACAACACUCCUAUUUUAUGUGAAAGAUAAAGUAUCAAAAAACACUUUAGAUGGAAAGAUUACAUUUCGUUCAGUUAAAAUUAACAUUAGGGACAGGGAUAUCAGAGCAGCAGUGGUUAACAUACUUAAAACUUGCAAUUUAGAAACAGAUUACUUAGAUAAAAUACCUUACCCAACUGCCAGAUCAUCUAAUGAAAACAUUAAAAUAAAGACUGACGAUAUUGACUUUACAAAAGUAAACCAAAACCAUCCCAUGUAUGCUCAUGCAGCAUUCAGAAAAAAAGUAAAGGAUGCACAAGAUCUCUUAAAAUUAAAAAACUGGCUGAAUAAAAAUCAUAAAGAUGCAUUGACGAAAUCUGAAAAAAAUAGACCUUUUAAAGAAGAAAUUGAUAGAUUAUGUAAAAGCAUAUCACAACAAUUAGGAUUAAAGGAUAUUGUAUGGGAUUGUGGAUGGAAUGAUACUCAUUUUAGGGGUUGUCUUUUAAGCUUUAAAUCAUUGAUGGAACAACAUCCCAAUAGUAUGCAUCUUUUAAGAGGUAGAGUACUGGUGUUUUCUUACUUUACUGGUGUAAGCUUAGAUGGUCAUAUUAUGCUCUUUAGUGGAGAAGUUAGAAAUAACUGGUUAGACUUAAUACAAAACAUUAGAAAGUAUGAUCAACAUUUGCUAAGAAUACCUGCCUUUGAAAAAUCUUUAUCUCAUGUUUUAAGAGACAUAAAAGUGGGGAGAAGAAAAUUUAUGCCCAAAAUCGUAGCUGAAAAUUAUGAAAAACAUUUAUCCACUUUGACUACAUCCCUAAGCGAUUACCGAGGAUUAAGAUCUUUUCCAAAGUCUUGGCCUGCUGUGCUAGCCGACUAUGAAAUUGUCGUUGAAACUGAAGCUGGACCAUUGAUGUUAUCUCCUACAGGCCAAUUUAUUGUACCUUGUACCUUACCAGGCAGUUUAUUGGUUGGUUUCAUUACUUCAAAUUUAGAAGAAGCCAAAAAACGAAUGGAAAACUAUAAUAAGGACAAACAUUUGGAAAAAAAGUUAGUCAAUAGGUGUGUUAUGGAAUUAAAUUUAGCAGCUUUACUCAAAGAUGACAAUAUAACCCCUGACUUGAUGAUAAAGUGCUGUGAAAAAUUAUUAAACAACAAAUAUGAAUUGGAGACGGUCAUGAAAAAUCUUCAUCUCAAUAUCGCGUCGUACUAUUCAGUUUUGUCAGAUGGUGUAGUAUGUAUACCAUGGAAUUUUGAUUUAUAGUUUUGUAAAUAACCUAGUCAUCAUAUUUUGCCUCAAAAUAAAAAAUAUCAAAGUGUGUUUAUUUCCUAAUUAGAAUUAAAAA